AUGUCAGGCACCCGUGUAGCAUGGAUCGGUCUUGGGAAUAUCGGCCGGGGUAUGAGUAGCAACAUUGCCCGGAAAGGCCCGCAAUCCAGCCUCAUCUUAUAUAAUCGUACCACAUCACGAGCUGUCGCGCUCGCCGAGAAACUUGGCGGAAGCAAUGUGACAGUUGCACAGUCCAUCCCCGAGGCUGUCACGUCUUCCGACAUCAUUUUCACCUGCGUGGGCGAUGACGCCGCCAUCGAGUCCAUCGCUGAAGCAAUCCUCUCCGACGCAAGCAUCGAUCUCUCCGGCAAGACGUUUGUAGAUUGCUCGACCAUCCACCCGGACACGACGCGCCGACUGGAAAACGCUUUCACAGCCCGCGGCGCCGGCUUCGUCGCGUGUCCGGUCUUCGGAGCCCCUAACAUGGCUGAUGCCGGACAGAUGAUUGUCGUGCCCGCCGGUAAACAGUCGUCUAUUGCCAAGGCCAAGCCGUUCUUCGAAGGUGUUACCGCCAAGGCAACCAUUGAUCUUUCCGACGGUAGCGGAUCAGACAUCGACGUGGGUCGUGCCUCGACCCUCAAAGUGCUCGGAAACACAUUCAUCCUCAACACAGUUGGUGUGCUGGCCGAGUCGCUGACGGCCGCCGAUGCGACGGGGCUGGGCAGCGGUCCGUUCCGCCAGUGGUUGGAGCUGUUCAACCCAGGGCCAUUUGUCAAGUAUGCGGAUCGGAUGAUCAGCGGUGACUAUUAUCAGAGGGAGGAUCCGUUAUUCGCGGUGGAUUUGGCCCGGAAGGAUUUACGCCAUGCGUCCAGUCUUGCCAAGGAUGGAGGUCAGCGGAUGCGAAACGUCGAGGUGACGGAUCAGUUCCUGCAGGAUGUCAAGGCCGAGAAGGGGGAAAAGGGUGACAUUGCAGCGAUUUAUGGCGCGGCCAGGAAGGCUGCUGGUUUGAAAUUUGAGAAUCAAUGA